CAGCCCCUCUUGGGGCUCCUUAUCCACUUCAUCUCAACAGACCGCAAGCCCCACCAACCUCCGUCACAUCUGACGUCCUAUACAGCAUCAAUCCAAAAAUGGGCCUAGGUCCAUAUCUUGCUUACAAUGGGGUGGACUACGAGUGUUUGAUCUGCGAAAGGGCUUUCAUUUCCGCCGAUGCGCUCUAUGCCCAUUGCAGGCAGACUUCACUGCAUGAGUGGUGUGAAAGGUGCUGCCGAGUGUUCAUUUCGAACUCAUCUAAAUUUGCGCAUCUACGAGAGUCUAACAGACACCAUGUCUGUUCAUCUUGUCCUCAACCGAAAGACUUUGAGUCUCUUGAAGAACUCGAAGACCAUCAGGUAGAAAUCCAUUACGCUUGUCUCGAUUGCAAUCUUCGUCAUGAGUCCGCUAUAGAGCUUCAAGAACAUGACAUCAGCCAGCACCAUCUCUGCGUGAUAUGCGAUAUCUAUUUUAGCAAUGAGAAUAGUCUACGAAUGCACCAGCAAAGGCACCAAGCCCGAACCACGGAAUGCUACGGCUGUUACCGAAGUUUUAAAUCCUUUUCUGGAAUGUUGAUUCAUUUGGAGGCUGGAAGUUGCGCCUCAGGCGUUACUGAGGGGAAGAUUGAUAGAAUUGCUGGCGAAUUUCACCAGAACCAAAAAUACACCGUUUUCGGGGAUGGUUGGUGGCUUUAUAAAUGCCCAAACUGUGACAAGGAAUUCCCUAAACUAUCGGCGCUUUACCAACAUGUUGAGGAUAUGCCAAUGUGUUCCUUUCUAAGUCGUGGGCACGGUUGCUUGGCUCAGCUGGAACGGUUUGUCGCUCGUAGCUUAGAAUAGGUUAAAGGGAUGCUUCUUCUGGGCGCUCACUCCGUACAAUCGUGGAUCGCAUCUCAAUGCAAUGCAAGUAUCUCUUUUCUCAC